UAAACCAUGUCGAAUUAUUUACCCACAGAUCUCGUGCUCGAAAUCCUCGUCAAACUGCCGGUUAAAUCCUUAGUCCGUUUCCUCACCGUUUCGAAAUCUUGGCGGUCGAUUAUCACCACCCCCGCCUUCAUCGCAUCGCAGCUCUCGAACGCCAAAAAUCGAACCCUCCUCACGUACGAAACCGAACACAAUCCACUUGUUAAAUUCACCGAAGUCGGACCCUUUUGUAUCAAUUCUUCCUCGAAGCACGAAUUCCCCUUCCUAUCGUUUUUGAUAAAAGUCGGCUGUUGCGACGGGCUCGUGUGCUUAUCGGACGACGUGUUCGGCGAUCCUUCCGGAAGCCAUAUUAUCAUAUGGAACCCGUCCGUUAGAAAUCAUACAGUUUUACCGAAACCCACUAUCAAUCCGAACGAGUCCCACAUUGCGGUACUCGGUUUCGGAGGAGUUGCGAAUCACGUCUACAAAGUUGUGAGGUUGGUUUAUUGCAUGAUAAACAACGGUGUUGUUAACUUCGGCGGUCGACCGCAGGUCGAGAUAUUUUCACUCGAGACAUGGAGUUGGCGAAAGGUCAAGACCCGAGUCGAUUUCACGCUACGUGCUUUUUCAGGUUUUCGUCGUCAAGCUUUCCUGAACGGCGUCGUGCAUUGGCUCUCCGUAGAAGAACCGGCCGACGACGACAAUACUACUCGACGUAAUUCGAUUUUGGCCUUUGAUAUUCGCGACGAGGUGUUCAGUGAAGUAAACCUCCCCGAUAAGUUAGCGAGUGCGAUUAAACCGGAGUUGCGUAUUUUCGUGAUCGGGGGACUAUUCGGAGCGGUCAACUACGACGGAUGCGAAUCAUGCGAAGUUUGGGCGAUGAAGGAGUACUGCGUGAAAGAAUCUUGGACUAAGCUAUAUAACGUUCCGUUGCGGUUUUGGGUAGAGAAAAUAGUUGCGUUUUCCAAUAGAGGUGAAGCUCUAUUGUCCAUACGAAGGCGUGUGAAGAGCUAUAUAGUGGCCAAUAAUCCCGAUACUAGGUACGUGAAGAAUUAUAUAGUGGCCUAUGAUCCCGAUACUAGGCGCGUGAAGAAUUAUAUACUGGCCAAUAAUCACGAUACGCGCGUGAAGAACUAUAUAAUGGCCUAUGAUCCCGAUACUAGGCGGAGUAAGGAUAUUGAAAUCGACGGAACUAAAGAGUUAUUCUAUAUUGAUAAUUAUGUGGAAAGCUUGCUCUUGCUUAGAGAAUUUAGUGGAUCCAAUAAUGGAGUUGUGAGCAAGUACAGAUAAAAUUUUAGUUUACGUUACUAGUCUUAAAUUUUAUUUAGAUGUUGUUGAAUUGGUAAAUUAAUUUAUUUUAAUUUCCAUCUUCUAUGUAUUUUUAGCCUUUGACAUUUUUAUUCCUUUUACGAUGAAGAUGGCGUCGGUGAAGAAGAAGGGUUUUUCUUUGAUUUUUAUUUGUAUUGUUUAAUUAUUUAAUUAGCCACAUACAUUUUAUGCAAGGCAACAUUCACUUUUUAUGUUCUCCGAUUAAGAGCGUUUGGAAAACUCUGCAAGAACUCGAGACCUAUUAUGAUAGCUCGGGCAGAGAUAUCGUUUUUUUAAAAACGGUAUAAAAUCAUACGGUUGCGAUUUUCAAACGCCAUGGAUUGUGAUUUGUGUUGUAGUGUGUCAUUUUGCUCUAGAAGUUUCCAAAUGAACUUGCUACUAUCUUUCUGGUUAUAAAUGUGGCGCAACGGGUUGAGAUAUUUUCACUUACGACAUGGAGUUGGCAAAAGGUGAGUGGAGUUGAUUUUACUCUGCAAGUUUUUUUCCAACUAUGGAGUUGGCAAAAGGUUGUGCAUUGGCUCUCAGAAGAAGAGCCGGUCGAUGACAAUAGUUUUCGACGUAGUUCGAUUUUGGCGUUUGAUAUUGAAAUUUGAGGUUUGAUCUAACUAGCAUGUAGGAUAGAAGGAGGUUGGAUUUUCUUACAUGGAUAAAUGCCCUUUAGAGAUUUCCUUAUAAACUGCUCAUGUGUUUAAAAAACAUCAUCACUCAUAUAUGUGCUCUAAAGAUAAAAGUACCAUUUGGAGCUUUAAGCAUCCAACGCGCCCUUGUGAAAUUUCUAAUUGCUAAAAAUAUCUACACAUCGAACUACCAAUGUCAUUUGUUCUUCAUGACUAAUAUCAGGAGUACAAUCAAGCAUUACCGAGAAGUAUUUAACUUCUUCAACGGUUUUCACAAUUGCACUUCUAGUUUCACCUGCUAACAU